UUAUUUGGUAGGAUUUUAGGGAGGCAGCCAAAUCAUAGGGAAACAUAGCAAUUAUUAGAGGCACAGAAAAAAAUGGGAAGGUCCCCUUGCUGUGAUGAAAGUGGCCUCAAGAAGGGUCCCUGGACCCCAGAAGAAGAUGACAAGCUCAUCAAACAUAUCCAAAAACAUGGCCAUGGCAGCUGGAGAGCCCUGCCCAAACUUGCUGGUCUGAACAGAUGUGGAAAGAGUUGCAGGCUCCGUUGGACAAAUUAUUUGAGACCGGAUAUCAAAAGAGGAAAAUUUUCUCAGGAAGAGGAACAAUCAAUUCUCAAUCUCCAUGCCAUCCUUGGGAACAAAUGGUCUGCUAUUGCAACACACCUGCCUGGAAGGACUGACAAUGAGAUAAAAAACUUCUGGAACACUCAUCUGAAGAAGAAGUUGAUUCAGAUGGGGUUUGAUCCAAUGACUCACCGGCCACGGACCGACAUCUUUUCAAGCUUGCCGCAUCUCAUAGCCCUGGCCAAUCUCAAAGAACUCAUUGAAAACCCUUCAUGGGAGGAUCAGGCCAUGAGAUUUCAGAACGAAGCUGUCCAAAUGGCCAGACUGAAUCAGUAUUUGCAGUGUCUUCUUCAACCGCCAGCUUCCAUGGCAGCUAGUUUCCAAAACAAUCUAAACACCAUCAACACAAACAUGAUGUUAAACACACCCUCUCUGGAACUACCCACCCCACCGCCCUCUCUUGCCAAUUACAAUGCAAAUUUUCAGGCAAUUAAUGAUUCAAUCCCUUUCUCCCAUAUGCCUGAUUUACAAGUCCCAUGCAGCCUUCAGACUUCUUUGAACAGGGAUAUGGUUCAGGCCAACUCUCCUUUUGCAGUUCUUAAUCAAGGUGAAAACUCAACUUCUUCUCCAUGGCUUCCGCCAACUAUCUCUCCAACUCCAUCGCCGGCAGGUGCGCCACCGAUGACUGAGACUUCAAACACUAAUACCGGAGAUGCUUGUAGUACAUCUAGCUAUGGAGGAGCUCCACUGUGGUCUGAACUUCUUGACGACCCUAUAUUUCAUGAGAUUGCUUAGUAUUUAGACACUCUAUGCAUGAAGGUUUGGAGUUUGUGCCUUCCCUUUCUGUGAUUUUUGUUCAUCCUUUUUUUCUUUUUCCUUUUAAUUUAACAGCAUAUAUAUACACUGUCCAUAUACAUUUAUAUGUAUUUGUACACUAUCUAUUCAGAGUAGCUUUCAUCCUACACAUAUAUAACAUAUAGAUUUGGCUUGAAUUUCUGUAUGUACAGAAAGAGGACCUGUAAUGCAUGGAAUCGGAAUGCUAUUUUCUUCUCAUUUUACUUAA